CGGGUGGUAGGUAACAAUAAAGGCGAAAAAAAAACUGAAAACCCCCAAAAGAUGGAGGAUGGAAAAGAGAUCAACCGCAAGGACUCGCCGGCGGCGGGGAGAAGUGGUUCUGGAAGCGGUGGGGAUGAGUUGGAGCUUAUUGCGGCUGAUUCGGAGCUUGCUGGCGGGGGCGGUGUUGGUGGGAGUAACACUAGAGUGAAAGGGCCAUGGUCGCCGGAGGAAGACGCGGUGUUGAGUCGGUUAGUUGAGAAGUUCGGGGCGAGGAAUUGGAGUUUGAUCGCGCGAGGAAUUCCUGGUCGGUCUGGGAAAUCCUGUCGGCUUCGUUGGUGUAACCAGCUUGACCCUUGUCUUAAGCGCAAGCCUUUUACCGAUGAAGAGGACCGAAUCAUAAUUUCAGCUCAUGCAAUCCAUGGCAACAAAUGGGCUUCAAUAGCGAAGCUUUUGCCGGGUAGAACUGAUAAUGCAAUUAAGAACCAUUGGAAUUCUACGUUACGUCGCCGAUGCAUGGAACUAGGUAGGUUUAAACCCGGACCAGCCGACACAAUGGAAGAUGGAAGCCUUGAUAGAACGAAAGCUUCCUCAGAAGAAACACUUUCAGUUGGAGGUAUAAACCCCUUCAAGCCUUUAGAAGGAAGAGAUGUGGUGAUGGACGAUAGACCGAACUCUCAAGAAGACAAACCUCCAACACCAGAGGAUCAAAUUGCCGUCGAGCCAAAGGACCAUCCUACCCUUUGUCGUCCAAUUGCCCGUGUUAGUGCUUUCAGCCAUUAUAAUGCUCCUAGCAGUUCUAAAACUGAAUCUGGAAUGACAAAUAGAAUCCCAAUGCAAGGGCCUUUGGCUCAAUCGUACAUGCAAAACCAGGGAGUCGGGAAAAUCCUGGAAGAUCUACGCUGUGAACCCGUCAUUCCCUUGCGAUGUGGAUUUGGUUGCUGCUCAACUACUUGUGGGAGUCAUUCUCAAAGUUCAUUGUUGGGGCCGGAGUUCAUCGACUACGAGGAGCCCCCUAUGUUUUCAAGUCACGAAUUAAUUUCCAUAGCAACUGAUUUGAACAAUAUUGCAUGGAUAAAGAGUGGUCUCGAGAACAACUGCGUUUGGAUACCAAGCCGUGCAGCAACAGACCAGAGAAUGUCUCAAGGAGCUACUCCUAAUUCAAAGAGUGACCUUAUGGGCUUCAACGAUGGACAGAGCAAGUUAACAGGCAUAUCGACGGAAGUUGUGCCGACACAGAUGCCUAAUCAAACGUGUACGAUGCGAUCCGAAGUGGAGGGCUUGAGCUAGAGAUUAUGGUUCUAUAUAAAAAGAGUGAUCAAUACUGUUCUUAGAUUUUUUAUUAAUGGUUUUUCAUAUUGGAGGGUUUAGGGUAUAGAUGAUAUGUUGUUUCGGUUGGUUUUUU